AAUGGCUGCUCCAAAACUUGGAUUUUUUGAGAAGAUCGCCAACCUCACUGGGGCUUUGUACCGCCACCAACAUGCUCAAUUUCCACGUCGCUUCGCUAUUCUGAAGGCCGUAGGAAAGCACGAGCUUGCUCCACCACGUCAAGCUGACUGGCCAGCCAUCAAGGCCGAUUGGGCCAAAGUCCAGAGCUUCAUCCAGACCGGAGGAUACAAGAAUUUGAGCAUUAGAGAAGGACUUGUCUACACUGCCGUCACUCUUGAGGUUGUCUUCUGGUUCUUCGUUGGAGAAAUGAUUGGACGUCGCUACAUCUUCGGAUAUCUUGUUCCUGCUGAUUACGUUUCCAAGUCCACCAAGAAGACCGUCAAAGAACAAGAGGCUCUUGCUGCUCUCGAGAACUAAAUUGUUAUCCUUAUGUUUAGCGGCUCGUUUUUGAUAUCGACAAAUUUUUGAUAGAUUUAUUUUGGAGUUUGUAAAAUGAAGUAUUGAUGAAAAAAAUAAA